AUGGCACAGGCUGCCAAGCUCCAGCCAAGCUUUGAGGACGUUUUUAGUAUCCUGGCCCAGAUCCCACAAGACAAACUCCUUAGCCUCAAAUAUAAACUGAAGCAUUUGACAUUUGGGCCCAGCAGCAAAUUGCUGCAAGCCAUGGUCCUGCUCACACUGGGGCAAGAAGUGGAUGCAAGGAUUUGUUUGGAUGCCUUGGGAGAUAACCGGGCAGCCCAGUAUGUCCACCAGGCCAAACUGGGUGCUGUGGGAGCACAGGACAGCAGGGAGGAUCUGCAGCCUCCCCAGCUGGACGCAGGGGCCAAGGUGCUGCUGGCAGAGAUCUACUCAGUGCUGGCAGAGGAAAAGCUGUGCAGCCAUGAAGCCAAGGACAAAGCCUGCCAGGCUGCCAACAAAGGCUUCAGCACCAGCAAGGAGACCCGGGGGGACACCCUCAACUGCAUCCCACCCGAGGAGCAGGAAAAACACAGCUCUGCUCUCAGCACGGGCCCGGCUGACAGAUUUUUGACACUGAGAUCUGAUGUGGAUGGAGGGUUCCUCGAGACAGCUAACCCAAACUCCGUGGUGAGAAGCUCUCCCGUGCAGAUUGGAGGCAGCUCAGACCUUUCAGGCCCAGGGCCCCUGUGCUCUGUGGGGAGCACUUCUUUCUCCAGUCAGCUGGAGAUCAGCGCGUCGCCCACGGUUGCUUUUCAGAGCCCUCCUGCUUCCCACCAGCGUGUCCACCAGCCAUGCCCUGGGACCCCCAGCACUGCUGGACAGCCCAAUGGGGAGGGAUGGAGCCACAGCCCACAGGAGACAAGCUGGGCCAGCAGCUCCUAUCCCGGGCAGGACGCAGGUGCCCAGGUCCCCCGACCAGAGGAGGUUCUGCAGGUCAGUUCAUCUGACCCAACGCUCCCUACCCCUGCACAGCAGCUGCCCACAAUGGGUGCUGUGAACCAGCCUGUCACAAGUAGUGAUGUUUCCAGCACAGCAGCAGCAGAACCUCAAGUAUCAACAGAAAAUACACAGAAAAAGCCAAAUGGAAAGCAAUCAUCUACAGAUCUUCCUGACUCAAGAGCUACAGUGGAUACUGGUCCUGCCCAUGUGUCCAUGGAAGACUCCUGUGUUCCAGCAGCCAUUCCUUCUAAUGCUGCAUCUGCUUCCAUUUUAAACCCGUCCCUUCCUCCUCCUCCUCCUCCCUACUCCUUCUCCUCAGCCCUUCCACCUCCUCUUCGGGGAGCUCCUUCCCAGACACCAUAUCCCCCUCCCUUCCCCUCAUCCCCCACUCCAGGCUGUCCGCCUCCCCUCAGAACUGUAGAACCAGUGCCCACAUCACAGCCAGACAGUGCAGAGAGAAAGUUCUUCACUUUUGUUGUCCUGCAUGCUAGCAAAGAUGAGAUUGUUGCCCAUCGGGUCAAGAACCUGCUGGAGAACUUGGGGGUUCCCAAUGGUGCUACACUCUGUGAGGACUUCUCCAUCGCUGGACACAGCCAUCUGACUUGCUUCCAGGAUGCUAUGGAGAACUCUGCCUUCAUCAUCCUUCUGCUGACCAAGAACUUCCUAUGCAACCUGUGUAUGUUUCAGACAGACACUGCCCUGAUGGAGUCCAUCCUAAAUCCAUCCAAGCACCACUCAGUCAUCCCUUUUGUACCCAAGGAGAACCCCCUGGAGCGGAGUCAGAUCCCCAGCACGCUCGGCGGGCUGAUACCCUUGGAUGAGAAUUCUCCACUGUUCCCCAGGACAGUGCAGAACACCUUUAGUGCCAGCAGGAUCAAUGCAAAGAAGGUCCUGUGGGACCAGGCACAGAGAAGGAAACUACAACGGCAUCAGGAACAGAAUCAGACACUGGAAGACUUGGCUGCUCUGAACCUUGGCUCCCAUCCCCAGGCAACACGCCCACAGCCGCCGGAGCCAUCACCCCACCAGUGGUACCCACCCCCUUCAACUGCCCCUCCUGGCACGUACCCACCUCCCCUCCCUGCUCACCCCAUCCCUGCUCAGAUGGGGCCUCCUCCUUUCCAACCCCUUCAGCUCCCACCGGGUCAGCACCACAUGAUGCCAGGAGCAGGAGGCAUCAUCAUCCAACACGCUCGAAUGGUGCAGAUUGGGAACCACAACACCAUGCAGGUAGAAAUGGGCACCCCAGGCCCACAGGACAGCAGGGAAGAAACCAGGUCCAGAAGCCAGAGGCACGGCAGGGCAGCCAAGGCCAGAGACAAUCACAAUUUCAAACCCUAA